AUGGCAUUGGCAACGAUAUCAACGCCGGUUCCGACUGCACAAGUCGUUUCACCACCAACACCUAAAGCCAAACAUCACAUAGCGCCCGCUCUGUCACUUUUCGCCGGCGGUGUAGCUGGAGGUGUUGAAGCCGCCGUGACAUAUCCAUUCGAAUUCGCGAAGACGAGGGCGCAAUUGAAGGGCUCCAAUCUGACUACAUCGAAUCCAAUUUCUCUCAUCACGCAAACCGUACGAGGCGAAGGUAUUGGCGCCAUAUAUACUGGAUGUUCCACUUUGGUCGUGGGAACAACUUUCAAAGCAGGUGUUCGAUUUCUCUCCUUCGAUGCUGUAAGGAAUUUAUUUGCAGACGACCAUGGCCGAUUAUCUCCUGGGCGCGGUGUGCUGGCCGGAAUGGUGGCCGGCUGUGUCGAGGCUAGUGUAGCAGUGACACCUGCUGAGCGGCUGAAGACAGCAAUAAUCGACGAUGCCAAAGGGCAGAAAAGGUUCACCGGUGGCGCCCACGCUUUCAAGACUAUUCUCAGAGAACAAGGCAUUGCUGGUCUUUACCGAGGCCUCUUUCCAACAGUGAUGAAGCAGUCCGCGACAUCCGCAGUCCGAAUGGGCUCUUACAAUGUGUUGAGAGAAUAUACCAAGCGACAAAAUCUUCCGAACAAUAGUUUGACCACUUUUGCGACGGGCGCAAUAGCUGGAGUCAUCACUGUGUAUGCUACUCAACCCCUCGACACAAUAAAGACAAGAUCACAGGGUACAUCAAAGGUCGGCACGGUUACUGCGAUCCGCGAUAUCUUUUCCUCGUCAGGGCUACGUGGUUUCUGGCGCGGAAGCACCAUGAGACUGGGGAGACUGGUCUUCAGUGGUGGCAUCGUUUUCACAGUAUACGAGAAUAUUGUCGCGGUACUUGGUCCCGUCACACAAUGA